AUGACUGCACCGCCCUGCCCGCCGCCAAAGUCACUCCUUGGCCGCCACCGGCUGCUCGCACCGACGGCUUCUGUGUACGUGAGUCCAAUAUGCUUAGGCGGUAUGAACUUUGGUGAGGCGUGGAGGGAUCGGCUGGGUGUAUGCAACAAGGAUACUGCGUUUGAGAUUUUGGAUUACUUCUAUGAGCAGGGCGGGAACUUCAUCGACACAGCGAACCAGUACCAGGACGAGGAAUCAGAGCAGUGGAUAGGCGAGUGGCUCGCCUCACGCGGUGUGAGGGACGAAAUCGUCCUGGCGACCAAGUACUCAUCCGGAUAUAAGGUGAACUCAUCCCCGAACAACAUUCAGAGCAACUUCGGCGGCAACGGCAGCAAGAGCUUAAACCUGUCCGUGGAAGCCAGCCUCCGCAAGCUGCGCACCGAUUACAUUGACCUCCUCUACGUCCACUACUGGGACCUCGCCACGACGGCCGAGGAGCUGAUGCAGAGCCUCAACGCGCUCGUGCAGGCCCGCAAGGUGCUGUACCUCGGCAUCUCAGACGCCCCGGCGUGGUGGGUUGUAAAGUGCAAUGCCUACGCGGGGCAGCACGGUCUCAGGGCGUUCAGUGUCUACCAGGGCCGCUGGAGCGCGGCGGCAAGGGACCUUGAGAGGGAGGUCCUUGGGAUGUGUAGCGACCAGGGAAUGGGGAUCGCGCCGUGGGGUUGUCUGGGCGGCGGAUAUUUCAAGCCCAGAUCUGAGAGCGGUGUGCCAUCAGAGGGGAGGACGAUGAAUGUUAAGACCGGAAGGGAAGAGGGCGUGGCGGAGAUGUUGGACAGGGUGAGCAGGCGUGUUGGGGCACCGAUGACCAGCGUUGCUAUGGUGUAUGUCAUGCACAAGGCGCCGUAUGUGUUCCCCAUCGUCGGAGGGCGGAGGGUCGAGCACCUGAAGGGUAAUAUCGAGGCUCUAGGAUUAGAACUGACGGAGAAAGAUGUGGAGGAGAUCGAGACAGGCUAUGACUUUGAUGUUGGAUUCCCGUAUGAUUUUCUCGGAGGGGGGAAAGCUCCGAGGGGACCUGCAGAUGUGGUGUUCACGCAGAGAUUUGGAAAUUUUGACUACGUGCCGGUUCAGGGAGGAUUCAAGCCGCAUAAGGGGCCAUUGACGCGCGUAAUAAGGAUGUCCCAACUUCAGAAAAUUGCCGUGGUUGGAGGAGCCGGCAACCUCGGCAAAUUCAUUGUCGAGUCUCUGUUACGCGAGAACUUUUCUGUGACAGCAAUUAGUCGAUCUGACUCCACAACGACGUUUCCUCCUGAUGUUCAUGUCAAGAAGGUUGACUUCAAGUCUGAAGAAUCACUCACAGCUGCCCUCGCUGGUCAGGAUGCGCUCGUUUGCGUCAUCGGCACUAUGGCCACCGGCGAACAAUUGAGGCUCGUCGAUGCCGCAGUGGCAGCCAAGAUCAAACGAUUUAUCCCAUCUGAGUAUGGGUUGAACACGCGUACCGUCGGAGCAUCGACUAAGCUGGGAAAGAUGUUGGGCACGAAGAUCAAGACAGUUGACUAUUUGAUUGCUAAAACUGAGCAAGUCAGCUGGUUCUCUUGGACAGGCCUCGGAAACAAUUUGUUCUUCGACUGGUCCAUGAAAGCCAGCCUGCUUGGCAUUGACCUCACAGCUAAGAAGGCUACCAUCGUUGACUCCGGAAAUGAGUCCUUCUCAACUACAAACCUAGCUCUUAUCGGCCAGGCUAUUACUUCGAUUUUGAAGAAGCCAGAUGAAACUUCAAACAAGUAUCUCAUGAUUUCAUCCUUUACUACAACGCAGAACGAGAUUCUCAAGGUUGCGGAGGAACAAACUAGUUCCAAAUUUGAGGUCACGCACAUCACUGCCGCCGAAGCCGAAAAGUCGGCUGAUGAGAAUUUAUCGUCCGGCCAGGCAUACAAGGCAUUUUGGGAUUAUGAUGACGAAAGCGCGAAUACGUUAUUGGGCCUGCAGAAGGGCAGCUUGGUUGAGAGCAUGAAGAUCGUACUCAACACAUCUUAG